AUGUCACUGCCGGGAGACGAGAUCUGGCGCUUCCAGGCCGGAUCGUCCUAUGACGACGACGCGGUGUACGGAGUAUCCACGGAUGCCGAGGGGUCGUUCUUCCUCGCGGGGAAGACGACAGGGAGCUUGGACGGCAUAACCUUGAACGCGGGAGGUGAAGACAUGGCCGUGGGCAAGUUGGACAGCGAUGGAGUUCUCCUGUGGUCCUGGCAGGAAGGAACCACGGGCGAAGAUACCAUGUCCGAUGCCGCUGCGACGGACGACGGUGGCGUGGUGGUGGGAGGGUACUCUAACGGCACACUCAGCGGGGUCGUCUCCGAAGGGUUGGGAGAUUUCAUUGCGAUAAAGUUCGACUCAGACGGAACAGAGGAAUGGCGAUGGCAGGAAGGCACCGAGAAGGACGAAGUCAUCUCAACGUGCAGCAAGACAGCGGACGGCAACGUGGUGCUGACGGGAUUGACCCAGGGCGACUGGGAGGAGACAAAUACGGGGCUGUGGGCGCUUGUGGCGGUCAAGCUAGACGUUUCCGACGGGAGUGUCAUCUGGCGAUACCAGGCGGGGGUGCCAUCAUACAGCGUUGUGUCGCGCGGGGCCGCCUCGCGAGCGGACGGAUCGAUCGUGAUUGGGGGCACUACCGACGGAGACUGGGACGGAGAGUUGACCGGGUACGCCGAUUUCUUUUCGGUGGCCCUGGACGAAGAUGGUUCAGAGCUUUGGCGGUUCCAGGACGGCAGCCUCUUCAGUAUAAGCUCAGCAUGGGGCGUGGCAGCCCUCUCGGACGGCUCUGUGGUGCUCGCGGGAACCACAGACGGUGACUACGCCGGAACGAACGCGGGGGCGCAAGACUUUGCAGUUGUCAAGCUGACCGAAGAGGGUGUGCUUGACUGGACUUGGCAGGAUGGGACACUGUACGACGAAAGCUUCGAGGGAGUGGCGACCGGAAUCGACGGCACCUCCAUGGUUUUCGCGGGCUACACCUUCGGGACCUGGGCGGCAGCGCAAGCCGAGGACGAGGACGACAUGGACGCCGUGGGCAUGUCCAUGGAUGGCGACGGCACUUUGCUGUGGACGUAUCAGGCCGGCACCACCAGUUACGACAACUUCAUCGGCGUCGACGUCGGCCCCGACGGAGCCGCGCUGCUUGCGGGCUUCUCCCAAGGGGCGUGGGAGGACCCCACGGCUGAUUCCUACGCCGACUUCGCCGGGGUUUUGAUCGAGACGGGCGCCGUGCCUGCCACCCCGGCGCCGGCCGACGACAUCGUGAUCACGCCAUCAACUCCUUCUCCUGUCAUAGGCACUUCGGGAGGCACUUCGGAAGGGUCUUGCGGCGACGGCGAGUCGUUCCUCAUAACGUCGGACGCGCUGCCCGCAGUCGAGGGGUGCUUCCAGAACACACAACAAUUAUUUUCGAAUGGGGACGAGUACGAAGAGUACAGCGUCAGUGGAACAUCCGAUUGGGACCAAGUAUCGAUGUUUGGGGGAUCCUCCGAAUUCGCUGAUGACGACGGCGAUGAGGCCGUUCUACCUGGCGUUUUUCACCCAGGAUGAGUACGACUUCAUCUUGUACUGCUAUUCAAAUGAGGACGCCAUCACUGUCCAUCCUGCCGACGCCACUUGGCUUUGCGACCUCGACGGCACCGGCACCUACGAAGACGUUACCGACGAGGAGGUUUCGAUGGACUGUGGGUGCACUGGCACCACCCCCGCACCCGUUGUUUCGGAUAGUUCUGUGGCCCCUCCUACCCCGACCCCCGUAGUAUCGGAAGGGGAAUCGACCUCUUCUUCUUCUUCUUCUUCCGUCCCGCUUGGACCGCUUAUUGGUGGCAUUGUCGGCGGCUUGGCGUGUCUGGCACUCGUCGGCAUCUUUGUGGCGAGACGCCGAGCGAGAGGUGAUCAGAGCUUCGGCAACGCUCCUGCCCGCUCUAAAAACUAUCCCGCUGUUGCAGGUGGUGCUGGUGGUGCUGUUGCUGCUGGUGCUGUUGCAGGUGCUGUUGCAGGUGGUGCUGGCGCUGCUAAGGGAGACAUCCCGCCGCCUCCCCCACCCGCAUACACUGAGCCCCCUCCGCCCAUGGCAGACGCCCGGGAUAUCGAUCUUCCGCCGCCGCCAGCGUACUGGGAACCGCCUGCGUACAGUGGUUGAGGCUCAAGAAGUGCGACUACAUCGCCCUACCGAUAGUGAGGCCCGCCGUAGUCUGAGUCGGUGCCCUUGCGGUGUAGCAGCUCCACGACUCCCGCUCGUGUCCACGGCAAGCCUGUACCUACUGGACUGAGUGUAGGAAAUAAAAUGAACGUAAAUUUGAUUUCCGGAGGCGAAUGAAUGCAGUAAAUCGUGGCGAUCAUAUUGACUGAAAAUAGCGCGUCGUUGAGCACGGACAGGAUGUAGAAGUGCCGAAGUAUCAAGCAGGACCGAUAGAUGGGGGUGUUGCGUCACCACUUCAGUGCUUCGCAUGUUGUCCCAGACAUCCGUGGGGAUGUUUGGGGUGGUUUCAAUUUUGUUCAAUCUGAUGAUGGUUUUGAGCCUCAACCUCUUGCAGUAGCUGUCCAACGUGGUCACCAACAACGGCGAGAAAGCAAUUUGUAGGUUUGUAGCUGUCGAAGAUUGUAGUGGGUGCAUUGAUUCCCUUGCUUUUGUUUUUCGUUCUCGGCUUCAUGGCGCCAAUCAAUGCGGUAGAUAAAAGGGAAUGCGUACGUCUGUGGCAGAGGCAUUGAAAGGGUCCACCCGAGCCGACGCUGUCCUCAUGCCUUUUCGUACAUUUGGCACUUCAAAGUACUUAUGUUCGGGUGUCUUCUUGAAGAAGCUCAUACUAUACGCAAGCAGCAAUUAAUUAUGUAGAUAAGGCCCGACCUCUUAUUUUGGCCGAGGCUCGUUUCUUACUUUUUUUUAUGGGGUGUCCCCACGACGACGGCGAUGUAGGUUUUAGUGCAGGCUUCUUGACUGAGCACCGAGGAGUACCUGAUUCGCCGGGUAUCCCGGUCGAUUGACUACCAGCAUCGGCACCUUUAUUCCAGCAAUCACUCCUAUAUACUACAAAGUAUAUCGUGAGUAUUGUAGUCUAUUUUGGAAGUUUUGAAAUUUUUAGAGGCGCAAGUUUUUAACCACCAAGUUCUUUUGUGCGGGCCUGUGUUUUGUGUCGCUCACAUCGAUUGGUUGGUGUUGCUUGCACAGAUCAUAUGCAAAAGGAGUAUAUUUCUGUUUUGUCGCCAAUUGAUAUCUACGCUCCCAG